GGAAGAAUGUUGAAUAAGCUCAGAUCAAUCCCCCAAAUGCAGCUGAACCAAGGCCGCAUUUUCCAGCUCAAAGCCUCUGAUGGCUUCUUCAAUUCCCCUCCGCCGCCGAGCUCCCAGCUCCUCGAUUGCAGGGAAGAUCAGCCUCGGAUCAUUGAAGCAGCCAAGCUGAUGCAAGAUUUUGAUGAGGAAGAGGAAGAUAAAGAGAACGCCAAACCUGCAUCAACAACAAAAAGGAACCCAAAUCCAUGCAGGAAGCAGAGUAAUGAGGAGCACAGUCACAAAUUCCACCCUUAUCGCCGCCCCGAUUUCAAUUCUCCAACCUUAUUUGACCCCAACCUCCUCGCAGCCUUCGAUCAGGCGGUGAAGGACUAUUUGAGAGUCUAUGAACAAUCGAAGCAAUUCGAAGAAAAGGAGGUGAAAGAAGAGAUAAAACCUCCCAUAAAGAUCCCCAAAAUCAAUGACCUGUUGAAGGUAUUCGAUGAAAAGAACCCACCUGGGGGCACCGGAACUGUGAUCUUCUACUCGACAUCUCUACGAGGGGUGAGAAAGACAUUCGAGGGCUGCAGUGCCAUCAGGUACCUAUUGGAGAGCUCCAAGGUGCUGUUCUAUGAAAGGGAUGUGUCAAUGCACCAAGAGUUCAGGGAAGAGUUGAAGAGAUUGCUAGGUUUCGGGGCAAUCCCGCCGAGGUUAUUUAUUGAUGGAAGAUACAUAGGAGGUGCUGAGGAAGUGCUGGGGCUGCAUGAGCAAGGGAAACUGAUGCCAGUCCUCCAGGAGAUGCCGAGGGACCAGAGCGGUGGAGUGCCGUGUUGGAGGUGCGGCGGAGCCAAGUUUUUGGUGUGCGAGCGCUGCGACGGCAGUCGAAAAAUGUAUGAUAAUGUAGGAGAUGUUUGUGGGAAUUGCAGUUUGUGUAAUGAAAAUGGUUUAGUUGUUUGUUCCCUUUGUUGUUGCUAA